AUGUGUCCCAUUACCCCACCUGAUGUCCGUGAGGAAUUAGUCAAACAGAAGCUGUUUGUUGAGCAUAAAAAUAUCGGCUGGCUGACAAUCGUGGGCGCUGUUCGAAAAAUCCCCGUUAAUCAUACGCCUGAAGUCUCACUUCUGGAGAGUUCCCUCACUACUGGGAGUACCAUCCUAUCGCUCUUCCUGUUAAAAAUGGUAACAGAUAAAGCUCGAAAGAUUACCGGCCCAUUACCAUACAACUAA